CCGUGUGAAAUGGUAAUGGUCAGGAUUAAGUAAGCAGUACGCAAUCUACCGGCAGACCGGCUUCUAUUCUAUUAUACGUAAGGCACAUUCUGCGAGCGCUAUAUUAGCCAUAGACACCGCACUCAUGUACCAGGAUCUGGGCGCUUACAGGCAUUAAGCAGGAAGGUCUGCACACGGGAUUGCCGGCGGGGUAACUAAGAUGACAAGUAGUUAUAUACCAGUAAAGACCAUGGCUGUCUCAAAUCCUAUAAGCAUGCUGCCGAGAAUGCCAACCAUUCUGUUUCCUGCAGAUGAACUACCUAGACCAGCUGUGAUUGGUUUAGCUGGCAGCCGCGGGUCAUACACUGACAGUACUACGGCUAUCAAAGAAAUUCUUGCUUCCGUAUUAAACAUACCAAGCAGUUUUAAAUCCAAAUUAUCCACAAGUAUGGAUCUAGAGGACAGUGACCCCGAGUACUGGGAGAGUAGCAAUAAUGGUGACUCUGACACAGACAGUGACUCGUAUUGUGUCCCUUUGAUCUCCUGUGCCCAGAAUGAUGUUCGGUUUAAUAGGCACGCUGCAUGUUGGGAUAACUCACAGACAGACUCUCCUGGUUCUUCCACCUCGGAUCCACCUAGUCUUUCACCUAAAAUCCCCAUCGUAAAUCCAUCAAGCGAUGUGGCGGAAUUUGAGCUUUCGCCAUUUGCGAAACAUGGGCAGUGCGCAAGCAUCGACUUCAGUUUGUCUGAUUUCCCACAGAAAUUGAAUUUGCCUAUUCAGAAGGACGCAAGGAGAUUUUCUUCACCUAAUCUUGAAAGCCACCAUCUAAACUUUGGUCAACAUUUAUCUAAUCUUGGUUCAGAUGUCCUUCCUUUGACUUGUGUUACUAAUGCAGCGGGCCCUGAGCAUUGCUGUGUGGAAGAUGACAAAUCCUUCCAUCGGUCACAGUCAUAUUCCAGUAUCCAAAAAGCUUCAGAUAAGGUGUUGGAUUCAAGUACAGAUCCUUUGCCUCACUCAACAGAAAAACUCUUUGAACCUGCUGUGAAUUUGGAGAAUGAAAAUGAGCACUUCUUGGUAGCGGACAUGUUUAUAUCUGUAUUUGAAAAAAUGAAAAGCAAUCUGCAAGGUUUACAGUAUGAGAACUGGAAAUCGAGAAGAGGUCUGUAUCGGCUUCCAAGAGAUUUACGAGAGGAUUGCUUCUUUAGAAAAAAAUACAAUUCUGAGUCUGCAGCCUCAGUCGACAGUGGCUAUGAUGGUUUUGCUGCAACGCAACAGAAUUCUCCAUCAGAUCCCAUCUUAGAAGAAGUUGACACCAAACUUUCCUCAAAGUGUGACGCGUGUGAAGAUGAAGACGGUGGCUAUUAUAACGAUGAAUUUGUCAUUAUAGAACUAGAAGACUAUGAGAAAUUGUGUGCACCUGCAUCUAAACAAAGUGAAACGACACCAGAGUGGCCCAGUCCUGCGCCAGGCUCAAACUCGGCUGAAGAAACCGCAAAGAAGCUGUACAGGGCUUUCAGACAGCAAUGGCUGCAGAUUAGUGGGGAAUGCCAAGAAACUGGCUCCGCGGACCAUUGUGCAGACAGGCUGAUGAGUGCACAUGCCAUUCCAGAAGAGUUCGAGUCAAGUUUAAAUUUGGAGGAGGAGAUAAAAAAGUUCAGAUUGAGAGAAGCAAAAGAGUGGAGCUCUCCUCGUUUCCAGAUCAUAACCAAUAUUCACCCGUACGUCAAGAGGGAUGUUGUCGUAGCGUCACAGAAUUAUUUGUGUGUUGGCUGUGGCACUAAAGUGGAGCCAAGAUACACCAGUAGACUGCGGUACUGUGAAUACCUGGGAAAGUAUUUUUGUGAUUGCUGUCACAGCUACGCGGAGAGUCCUAUUCCCGCCAGGAUUCUUUCAAAGUGGAACUUUAGUAAAUACUACGUCAGCAAUUUCUCCAAAAAUCUCCUCGAUGGUAUAUGGGAGAGCCAUAAAUUCAAUAUUCAGUGUGAAAACCCAGCCUUGUACAUGAAAGUGAGAGACCUCAACCGAGUCAAGGAAUUACAACAACAGCUUAUUCAUUUAAAGAGAUUGCUGACUACAUGUAGAUUAGCAGACAGCGUUUUAAAGGCCUUUGAGGACGUGCCCUCCUACCUGACAGAGGAGCUGCAUGUCUUUACAUUAAAUGAUCUAUUAAAGGUGAAGCAGCGGACGCUGGUAACUUCCCUGCGCGAACUACUCCACACUGGUACAGCUCAUGUGGAGAACUGUGAGUUGUGUCAAGCCAAAGGUUUUAUUUGUGAAUUCUGUCAGGCCAAAGAUGUUCUCUUUGCCUUCCAGACCGAGACGUGUGCAAGAUGUGAAGGUUGCAAAGCAUGCUUCCACAAGAAAUGUUUCAAAAACAACGAUUGUCCAAAAUGUCGCAGGAUACAAGCCCGAGAAGCUUGCAAAAGGAGUACAUCGCCCAUUCUACAGGACGCUGAAUCGGACUUUAUACCAGUGCAAUAAUGUGUCAAGAUUUUAUACCUGAAUCUUUUACAUUUUUAAAAUUGCCAAACUUUUUAUUUAAAAAAAAAUGUAGGGCAUUUAAUGGUGAAAAGUGUAUCCCUGAAUGAAUGUACUUCGUAAAAUGUUUAUAAGCUGCUUUUAUCAGGUAACGGGAUCCAACUGAAAAGAUACGUUUUUAGCGUUUUAAGGUUAUUAAUUUGUUUGCUUAUGCCCUUCGGUGCCGAAACCGGCAACAAACUGCGUGGUCAAUCCGCUAGGUCUACACAGAGGUGGCACAUAUUGUCAGAUAAAUGUUUAAUUUAUUUUUUUUAAGAAAACAUUUUGCUUUUUAAUGUAUUUUGUAAAUACUUUGUCUACUGACAAGAUAUUUGAAGGUAUAUGAAUGAAGAUAUUUGCCAAAAUAAGCAUUGCACAAAGAAAUGGUUUGAGCUCUAAGUGUAUCCGAGUCUUGAGUCACUGGGGUUUAAUCACUAAUGGGGGGGGGGGUUAAUAGGAGAGUUGUGAUUUCAAGUUUCACUUCAGCAUGAAUUAUGAAUGGCCUACGCUGGAAAGUUUCUCCAGCUAGAAGGGCUG